AUGGAAUAGAAGAGAUUACACACUGUGUAAUCUUUUAACUUUGAUAUCUCUCUCGCUCUCUACGUUGUUCGUUGUUGUGAUAUACUCACAGUGUUCAAAGUGUUGGGGUUUGAUUCCAAAUGUUGGGUGGUUUAUACGGAGACCUACCUCCGCCCUCUUCCGCCGAAGAAGACAAACCAACCACCAAUGUCUGGUCAAGCAGCACCAAGAUGGCCCCCGCCACCCUCCGCAAACCUGCCUCUCUUUUCGCGCCUCCUCAUACCGUUUUGAGAUCCCAGUCCAAACCUAAAAUCUCCAAUUCUUCUUCCGUCCAGAAAACAGUUGGAUCCGGAUCAGUAACGCCGGUGCCGGUGGCUUCGGUGGCGCCGGUACCGGAUGAAGUUAUGCAACCGGCUCUAGUCGGAGUCCAAUCGACGGUGAUGGAGGAAUAUGACCCGGCUAGGCCGAACGACUACGAGGAGUACCGGAGGGAGAGGAAGAGGAAGGCCAGGGAGGCGGAGAUGAUGAGGGAGCUCGAGAGGCGGCGGCAGGAGGAGGAGGAAGAGGAGAGGGAGAGGGAAAGAGAAAAGAGAGAGAAGGAUUUGGGUGGUGGCGGCGGUGGCGAUUCUUCUUCGAGGUUGAAUAUUUCCGGUGAGGAAGCGUGGAAGAGGCGGGCCGCAAUGAGUGGCGGCGGGGGUGGGGGAGCGGGUGCAGGUGCGGUGCCACCGAGGUCGCCGUCUCCGCCGAGUAAUGUGGAUGGUUUUAGUAUUGGGAAGUCGGAUACGGGUGGGUUAGGGGUUGGUGCGGGUGGGCAGAUGACUGCUGCUCAGAGGAUGAUGGCAAAGAUGGGAUGGAAGGAAGGGCAAGGACUUGGGAAACAGGAGCAAGGGAUUACCACUCCUUUGAUGGCCAAGAAAACUGAUAGACGAGCUGGGGUUAUUGUCAAUGCUAGUGACAAUAAACAGGAUAAGAAAGUGGUGAAGAGUGUGAACUUCAAUGGGAUUCCUACAAGGGUCCUCUUGCUUAGGAAUAUGGUGGGUCCUGGUGAGGUAGAUGACGAGCUGGAAGAUGAGGUAGGAUCAGAAUGUGCCAAGUACGGGACAGUAACUCGAGUUCUGAUAUUUGAGAUAACAGAGCCAAAUUUCCCCGUUGAGGAAGCAGUAAGAAUCUUUGUGCAGUUUGAGAGAUCCGAAGAAACUACUAAAGCGCUUAUUGACCUUGAUGGUCGGUACUUUGGGGGCAGAGUGGUGCGUGCCACUUUUUAUGAUGAGGAGAAGUUUAGCAAGAAUGAGUUGGCUCCAAUGCCAGGAGAAAUUCCUGGCUUUACGUAAGUCAUCCUUAGUGUUACCCUGAAGACUUAGAAUUUAAUAUUUCAUUACCUGAUAGUUAAGCAUUGUUGUAAGCUUCAAUCUUGGUCCAAAUGUGUUUGUAGCAGUGACAAAGGGUUGUUGCUCAGGGAAUUAUUGGGAUCACAAGAACAUCUAAAGUUCCUUACUAGCGCUAAUGUUGUCUCUGUACAUCGAAAAUUCCUUAAUAUUAUGAUCACUUGGAGAUUGAGAU